UCUACUCUCCAUACCUAACAGGUCAGUCCCGACUCCAACCCAGACUCUACUCUCCAUGCCUAACAGGUCAGUCCUGACUCCAACCCAGACUCUACUCUCCAUACCUAACAGGUCAGUCCUGACUCCAACCCAGACUCUACUCUCCAUACCUAACAGGUCAGUCCCGACUCCAACCCAGACUCUACUCUCCAUGCCUAACAGGUCAGUCCUGACUCCAACCCAGACUCUACUCUCCAUACCUAACAGGUCAGUCCUGACUCCAACCCAGACUCUACUCUCCAUACCCUCUCUGACUCCAUCCCAGACUCUACUCUCCAUACCUAACAGGUCAGUCCUGACUCCAACCCAGACUCUACUCUCCAUACCCUCUCUGACUCCAUCCCAGACUCUACUCUCCAUACCUAACAGGUCAGUCCCGACUCCAACCCAGACUCUACUCUCCAUACCUAACAGGUCAGUCCUGACUCCAACCCAGACUCUACUCUCCAUACCUAACAGGUCAGUCCUGACUCCAACCCAGACUCUACUCUCCAUACCUAACAGGUCAGUCCUGACUCCAACCCAGACUCUACUCUCCAUACCUAACAGGUCAGUCCUGACUCCAACCCAGACUCUACUCUCCAUACCUAACAGGUCAGUCCCGACUCCAACCCAGACUCUACUCUCCAUACCUAACAGGUCAGUCCUGACUCCAACCCAAACUCUACUCUCCAUACCUAACAGGUCAGUCCUGACUCCAACCCAGACUCUACUCUCCAUACCUAACAGGUCAGUCCUGACUCCAACCCAGACUCUACUCUCCAUACCUAACAGGUCAGUCCUGACUCCAACCCAGACUCUACUCUCCAUGCCUAACAGGUCAGUCCUGACUCCAACCCAAACUCUACUCUCCAUACCCUCUCUGACUCCAACCCAGACUCUACUCUCCAUACCUAACAGGUCAGUCCCGACUCCAACCCAGACUCUACUCUCCAUACCUAACAGGUCAGUCCCGACUCCAACCCAGACUCUACUCUCCAUACCUAACAGGUCAGUCCUGACUCCAACCCAAACUCUACUCUCCAUACCUAACAGGUCAGUCCUGACUCCAACCCAGACUCUACUCUCCAUACCUAACAGGUCAGUCCUGACUCCAACCCAGACUCUACUCUCCAUACCUAACAGGUCAGUCCUGACUCCAACCCAGACUCUACUCUCCAUGCCUAACAGGUCAGUCCUGACUCCAACCCAAACUCUACUCUCCAUACCCUCUCUGACUCCAACCCAGACUCUACUCUCCAUACCUAACAGGCGUGUGACUGAGGACCUGUGUUCGUACUGCUGUAAACCCAUAGUGGCUGGAGCCAAGAUGAUCCUGGAGGACCUUCAGAUCUACAGCCACUCAUCCUGCUUCAAGUGUGAGGUGUGCCACUGUCCUCUAGGAGACCUCCAUGCAGGAGACAGUAUGUGGCUCCAUAGAGGGACAGUGCACUGUGAAGGCUGCUUCAGCACAACCAGAGAGAAAUAUCUCCUCUAGGGAAGAAGAAUGACAGAAUGCUCAUGUCUCCACGGUAACAGACAGAGAACAAGGAGACAUCAAUUCAAAAGCCGUAAAAGGACACAUUGCUUUUAUAUGUGUGGAUCUGGUGGUUGACUCAACAGGGUGGAUCUGGUGGUUGACUCAACAGGGUGGAUCUGGUGGUUGACUCAACAGUGAAUUACAUUUUAUAAUGUAGUCUGGAUCUAUAAUCUUCACAACCUCUCUUGCAAAUUAUUGUCACAUAUAGAAUCAGAUCCAAUGACCUGGAUGGAUUCUUUAUGUACUUCUGUAUUUAUCUACUAUAAUGUAAUAUGAUGAUUUGUUAAAUCUCUUUACAAUAAAACCACCAACUGAUGUCA